GAGCCUUAGAGGGGUUUCGUUAAUCUGGGUUUUUAACCAAUCAUUUCACUGAAUUCUUGCAUUUUUCUUUAGCGAUUUGACUGGGAAAUUUGUGGGUGGAUCAAUUCAAUGGUCUUCAGAGAAGAAGAAGAAGAAGAAGCUGAAGAGCAGAAGUUCAUCUGCAAAUUCUGCAACAAGGUUUGCCUUAGCGGGAGAUCAUUGGGAGGCCACAUGCGUGGCCAUUUACACUUGAUUGCAGCUGCUAAAAAGCAAAGAACCAAAGCUGAUCAAAACUCAGUGCAAUCCAGGAGUGCCAAGAUUCGAGAAAAGGGCAAGAGCAUGGUUCUUGGGGAAGAUGAUGGCCUAACAGAGAAUCCCAACAAAUCUUGGAAGGUUUUUUAUUCGAAUCAUCGUGGUUUGGAGAGGGAGAAUCUCAGCGAUCACCAGAGGAGGUAUGAAGAAGAAGAAGAGCAUCAUCUCUGCAAGAAAUGUGGCAAAGUUUUUGAUACCAUAAGGGCUCUGAAUGGACAUAUGCAGAUUCACUCCAAAAGAUCCAGGCUUUCCCGUGAAGAAUCAAUGGAGAGCUUAUCAGACAUGGAGAAUCAGUGCCCUGUUCAGAAGAAACGAUCUGCGAUAAGGUACGGAGUUACUGAGAAUUCUCCAUUUUCUUCUGUUGCUUCUGAUUUAGAAGAAGCGGCUGUGUGCCUGAUGAUGCUCUCAAGGGGUUUUCAAGAAUGGGACUUUGUUCUUUGAAACUGAAACAAUUUACUACUGAAACCAAGAAAAAUAUAAAGCUUGUUUGGAA